CCCCCCCCCCUCUCCACACACCCUCAGCCCCCCCCCCCAUCGCCCCCAUGCGGCGCUGAGCGGCGGCGGCGGCGGCCCCGGGAGCGGCCCCGGUAGCCCGGGGGGGGCGACAGCGGCAGCGGCAGCAGCCCCGGGGGGGUGGCGGUGGUCGGUGGAGGAGCCAUGGAGGGCAUGGACGUGGACCUGGACGCGGAGCUGAUGCAGAAGUUCAGCUGCCUGGGCACCACCGACAAGGACGUGCUGAUCGGCGAGUUCCAGCGCCUGCUCGGCUUCCAGCUCAGCCCCGCCGGCUGCGCCUUCUUCCUCGACAUGACCAACUGGAACCUACAAGCCGCCAUCGGAGCCUAUUAUGACUUUGAGAGCCCAAAUAUCAACGUACCCUCCAUGUCCUUUGUUGAAGAUGUCACCAUUGGGGAAGGAGAGUCCAUCCCUCCUGACACCCAGUUUACAAAAACAUGGAGGAUACAGAACACAGGGACGGAGGCCUGGCCCCCAGGGGUUUGCCUGAAGUAUGUUGGGGGAGACCAGUUUGGCCACGUAAACAUGGUGAUGGUCAGGUCCCUGGAGCCCCAGGAGAUUGCAGAUGUCAGUGUUCAGAUGUGCAGCCCCAGCACAGCAGGAAUGUAUCAGGGACAGUGGCGAAUGUGCACUGCCACAGGACUCUAUUACGGAGAUGUCAUCUGGGUGAUCCUCAGCGUGGAAGUUGGAGGACUUCUAGGGGUAACACAGCAGCUGUCAUCCUUUGAAACAGAGUUCAACACGCAACCGCAUCGCAAGGUAGAAGGAAACUUUAACCCGUUCGCCUCUCCGCAGAAGAACAGGCAACCAGAUGAAAACAACCUAAAAGACCCUGGGGGUUCCGAGCUAGGCACAAUCAGCAAAAACACGUGGGGGCCUGCUCCUGACCAAAUCGAACAAGAUCAGAAUGGACUGUCACAAAACUCUGUAAAUCUCUCCCCCAGCAGUCACUCGAACAACUUGUCGGUAGUGACAUACAGUAAGGUGGGCACUGCUCAGAGCUGCGCUUCCGAGAAAGUUCCUGCACAGAAAUUCUGGAUGUGGGGUUUUGGCAGCAGCGUGGCCUUCAUUUCUUCACUAGGUCUCCCCUGUGGAAAAUUCCUCGCCCUCCCUACUGAAAUGAGAGUGGUGCGGGCAACAAGAGGUCCGGUGUAUCAGCAGGGGCUCCUGGCUGAGUAGCAGAUUUUGGCUUUUUUGCUUUUUUUUUUUUUUUUUUUUUUUUAGGGGGAGCAUACGUGUAAGAAACGUGUACCUGCUGGAGGUGCAGAGAGCAUGGCCUGUGCCAGCUGUUCUGUGGAGAAGAAAUGCCAAAAAGGAGACAAACAGUGCCAGGGAUAUUCUUGAUAAAUUUAAGAAAUAUGGUCAGGCUAGUAACCCAAAGUUUGUGAGUGUUACCCCUAUGAGUUGUUAUAACCUAACCUUGGAGGUAGGGCCUUCUUUCUCUUUUUAUUCCUUUUAGUAUUUUCAGAAUAUUCAUGGGGGGUUUUGAGGUAGAUUUGAUAUAAAAGCAGAAAUCUUGCUCCUUGCUUUUUUUUUUUUUUUAGGAAGGGUAACUUGGAGACAGGAUGGGCUGCGUAGAAAGUUUAUAGAUCUGUUGAGGUUUUUAUUUCUGACGUGCUGUUUCUGUCUGACAUCACACCAGUUCGCUGUUGCUUUGAGAGCCGUUCCUGAGGUAGGUGUGAGGAUCAGAGACCUCCGUCUAGCCGUGCCCUUUCCAUGCAGGGCAGGAAGCAUUCUGGCAUUGUUGCUCACGUUGGUACCAUCCCUGUGGUGCGAUGCUCUUUCUGCAGUGAACAAUUUUUGUAGGUUUGGCAUCCUAAAUACUUGGUCUCACUUAAAACCGUCAGGUGAACAAGCUUUGCCUUUCCUGGUUUAGCCCUUCUUCCUGCAAGCUGGAAAUCCUUCUGGAGAACAUUUUUUCCUAAAAAAAUAGGUAAUGUGUAAGUGGGAUCCCCAGCCGGGGCUCAGAUUAAAUGGAAAAGGGCAUGAUGGGGGUGGUGUCAGUAUUAAACUGCAUGGUCAGCAGGUGGUGGUCAGGCACCUGCUGGUAAUCUUAGCAAUACUUCAGCCUCCCAUCUCCUCCUCCUCCCUGGGGACUGGACCUGUACUCUGCUGCUUGUGGAGGGUGAAAGAAAGCUACUACAUUCUCUUGUCUUCUGAUUGAACAUUGACGUGGAAGGCUUAUUUUAAGUUCUAGGAGCAGACAAAGAGCACUGGGGGUUGGUAGUGUAGAUACCUGGAUAUAGGAUAUCUGGAUUGUACUUAUAUUGGGCAGAACAUCUAAUAUUUUUCAUGCACCCAGUUAGUGGGGUGAAUCCCUAGUCAUAUUUAACACACCAUUUGGUGAGAUGCAGCAGAGGGGAUGGUUAAAGCUCAGUUAAGGCCUCUGUCCUGCCUUUAAAAGGAGGAUAAGCCCCUAAAUAUUUAUCACAUCAUUGCCGAGGCUUCCAUUCUGCCGAGAGACUGCGAAGGGCCCCAGCCACACGGUUGCAUGAGACCAUGAAAUCUCUGAGAUAAAACUAGCUGUUCCUUGCUGUCUGCCGCUGUAAAACAUGCUAAAAGCCUCGAAGUUGCCAGACCUUGUCUGUGUAAGUUCUCUCUCUGGUGCAAUUGAGCAGGUGUAACUUGUCCUCUGCAAUUCCCCAGUGGAGCCAGGAUCUCGGUGCUGCUGAUGUGCCAUCUGCUGCCAGAUGAGAUGAGGAUGUCAAUGUUUCACACGUGGAAACGGCCAGAGUGCUUUGCAGAGCACGUGGUACAGAUGCUGUGCUCAAUGAAACAAACUUUCCUAGAGAAAAAAAGGCACCAAAUCGCCUAUAAGCAGAUAAGCAUGAAACCUGUGAUACACUUGAAACUGUGAUCUUUGUUCCUGCUGUAGUAUAUGCCUUCCUCAGGCCAUCCUGCCUCACCCUAUGAAAUAAACUGCUGGAAGGCUGUAGAUCAGGGUCUGUGUUCAGGGCAUUGCUCAAAGCAUGUUGUAUAUCCAUUCCCUGGGGAGUUUUUGCAUGUUCUUAGCGUUAAACAUGUGCGGGAUGGGAUGCUUAUCUUGGGAUAGGGAUGAGUUUGUGUUAGAGUCCAGAUAUACCCAUGCAUGGGUAUUUUAUUCUCCUCUUUGGCAAUCACUUUCUCUCUGUAUUCUCAAGAGAGAUGAGGCUAAUAUAGCCUCCUUCUAUUUACUCGCUCCUGUCUCAUAGCAACACUGUCGAGGUCACUGCUGCUCUCUUGUGACAGUCUUUUACACUAAAAGCACAAGAUGCGUUCUUAUAGUGCCUGGGGAUUAGAGUUAAAUUUCUUAACGAAGGCAAGAAACGUACAGUUUAAAUGUCUAAAAAGCUCUGGGGUGGAUAGCCAUGUACUGACACUCACAUCGUACUUGUCACUUCUAUAUGAAAAUAGAUGUCUGAAUCUCUAGCUGAAUUUAGCUGCCUGCCCGUGUGAGUUGAGGUGUUGCUGCUUGCUGUGUAAUGCAGAAAACUGCACGGGGAAGUUCUGACCUGCAAGGAUUCACCUGUACAAAACAAUUUGCAGAGUCAUUGCCAUAGCAAAAAAUGUUCUACAACUUGCCUGAGGAUAAUCCAGUUUGCUCAUUGCUCACAAUACUCUUAAAAGCCCGUAUAAUAGAAGCAUUUUGGAAUUUGGGGUCAAACUCUUACCACCUUUUUUACCCUGCUGUAUUUACACUCCCCAUCUUCAUUCUGUGUGCAGCUGAACUCCGAUCUGUGCUAUUUGACAGCAACCUGCAUGCAGGGGAAGCCCAAUGUCCCUCUGUCCUUACAGCCUGUAACUGGCCUCUCCUCUCUGGGUUUAAAAGUUGCUGCUGCUCCUGGAAGCUUCUCCCAGACCAGGACACUCCAACUGGCCUAUUCCUGGAGUACCUCUCUAGACUUCAGACAGAAUUUUCUCUACUGGAAACUGUUUGGGUACCAAACUGUAUUUGUGGGUAAGGAAUGAGCCCCAGAAAUGCACACCCCCCUGUAGAGGAGAAGCUCCUCUUCUGGUGUCUGGGCUUUACACCGGGCUGGUUACCCCAUGGUUAAAUUUGUUCAGAGCAAGUGGGAGAACAUCGGGCUCCAAACUACUGCAGCGAGCCUCUGACAGCCAGACUGCUACAGCGUCUGCAGGCUGAACUGACAGUGCAUGAGCUGCUUUGCUUUUGUGGUGGAAGGCUAAUGUUUGGAUGCUGCAUGCUAGCUCAUCCAUGAAAACCAACAGUCCCCGUGCCUUCGGACUGUGGGAAGUGCCAUAUAAUGUGAUUUUUAGCUUGACUUAGCUCCACUGCAGGCCAGCAGUUUCCCUGUUUUUCUCUCUGCGGACUAAAAGCUUGCUGUUAAGUCAGAAAAACCAAGGUGCUGCAUGGUGGCUUGCUCACAUCCCUGAGCCCUCUGCGCUCCAUCAGCUCCGUGCAUCUCCAGCAGCUCUGAGGGGGUCUGAACUGCUGCACCAUGUUAGCACAGCAUGCAUGGAAUUACAGGAAAAAAAAAGUGCUAAAUACUUUGUUCUUCUGCUUGUGUUGAGCUUUCCUAAGUUAGCCGAGCGUGGGUUGGAGGAGCAGUGCCCAGGAGCAGCCCAGGGACGUGUAGCGCUGGCUGAUGCUGUCGGUGUCUGCUGGGAGCCUCCUGCACUGCUCCGCAGCUGGGCACCAAACUCCUGUCUCUCCUCGUGUACCUCUUCUUCAUCUUGACUCAAUCCCAAAGGUGAAAUAAAGAUAGCUGUUUGAAAGCCUGUGUUGUGAUGGUUUAUGAAAGAUCCACUUAUGCUUGGUUUCGUUUUUGGUGUUACCUCAAAAUGCUCCACUACUCCACAGCUGUGUUUAGGAAGGGGAUGGCGUGCUCCUGUUCCCUCAAAUCACAUCCAGAUGCUGUGGAUGUGAAUGUGGAGGCUUUACUGUGCUUGGUUGGUCCCCAAGCACAGGUGUCUUCAUUUAUAGACCUCCACAUUUACAAAGCCCUUUAACUUUCCAAAACCUCUCAAUUCCCUUCUAGACACUGACAUCAACCUGAUGCUUUAUAACAAAAAUUAGCAUGUACAGGCCUCUCCUUGAAAAAAUCACGGCCCUCUGUUCUCCUGCAUUUGUCUGAAUAGCCGGCAUGCUUUUUGUAGCCAGUUAGCAAUUACUCGUGGGGAAGAUGCUAGAAGAACUGAAAGUGAAUUUGCAAAGCUGCAGCUGAGCUUUUCAUAAAAGCAGUGAUCUCAUUUUCAGAAUGGAAGCGAAUUCACCAAAAUAGUGUGAGUAGUUCUUCAGCUGGAAUAACUGGGGUAAAACUGCACGUGUAUGCAGAAUUAUUUUUGCAUUUUAUGAUGUAAAACCUUGCGUACAAGGGAUAAUUAUUCUCAAAAGUGUCCUGUAAUGGAGGUUGGUAUUUGCAUUGUAACAGUAACUGAAGUCUUUAGGUACCAAGACACUAUUAUAACUGUGUUGAAUAAAUGUAAUAAGAAACAAAUGCUCCGUGAAGAGCUUGCAUCUUACUGAAGAAGAGGAAAAAGUAUUGAAGUGUGCUUAUUUUGGGGGGAGGGAGGGGUGAUAAGAGUUUCUUGCUGAAGGAUGGAUAAAAGGAAGGAUAAAAACCACCUGAAUAAAAUGACCUAGCAACAUGUGGUAGGAACUAAACUGAAAUCUGUUUCUUCCUACCCUAGUCCUGAUGAUUUAACAAACAACACAAAAGCACAGCUUAGUGAACAGCCUUUAGAAUCCAUAAAUUUAAUUUCACAAAAAAUACUAUUUUUUCCCCUGUAAAUAUCCAGAAGAACUUGAGGUGGUAUGCUUCCUGCGGAUGAUGCUAGUUUAAAACAAGUUCCUUUCUUCCAUGCAGGAGCUCUGUUAGGUGUGAUGUGAGACCAAGCCCACGCUCUUGGUCUUCAAGAAGCAACCUUCAGGGUUUUGUAAGUUCUCAUAUGCACUAAUAAAUCUCAGGGGUAAAUGACCUGCGGUGAAAAGCUCCUUGUAUGCAGAGUUACAUUAUGGUAAUCCCAAGACCAAGGAUUUUUUUUUCCUUUUUGGUGAGUUUCAUUGCAUGAAGCUACCUUCAGGCAGAUGGGGAGCAUCCUGCUCUUGAAGUUGCUGGAGCAGGGCGAGGAGCUCACAGGAGGUGUCAGCCUGCAAGCGGCACAGAGCUGUGGGCACUCGGUAACGUGACUCUAAAGCUGAGCUAAAUUCUGACUUUAAUUAAGGCGUUAUUAGCAUAAUUGUAUAGCUUUAAAUUAGGUGCUGCAGUAAACAAUACCUGGAGAUCCAGGGGGUUCCCUGAGAACGAGGCCAGCAGCCGCUUCGCAUGGGCUGGCUGCGCACACGAGGACUAAUGACCUGUUCUGUCUGACUUCAGUGCAGGGCUCUGGGCUGUGCUCUCAUUAACUGCCUUAAUCCCUUUGUCGGGAGGUGCUGCAGGUGACUUGGUUUAUGGCAGGCUCAAAUGAGCCACCAAAAAGGUUUUGCUGCGGAGCGGGGAGCCCCCAGCAGAGGGAGCAGGCAGCUGGGAGCACUCAGUGCGCGGAGCACCCCUGGGAGGUUUGGGAGAGCUUUGCCAGUCGGAUCUGCAAACAAAGCCUCUGUGCAGCUGAUUAAAAGAUGCAGCAAAUUGUGGUGAAUGUCAGUGCAGGUGAUCAGCCACAAAUUCAGGUUUUUGUCUGCAGAGCAGUACUGGGUGCAGCAGCUCAGCCCCUUUGAGGCGGGACUAUUUAGGAUCUUGUGCCUAGCAUAACUUUCCUUCUGUAUCCUUCAUCAUUUUCUGUGUGCACAUGCACCCAUGACUCUUCAUGGUACUUUAAUGCACGGUUUCCCUUCUGCUCUUCGCCUUCCCACUGUUUCAACAACAGUAUUUUUAAUUAACCCAUUAUUAACAUAAUUGUGUAGCUUUAAAUGAGAUGCUACAGAAAGCAGGACCUGAGCGGUGCCUGAAGAUCCAGAAGGUUUUCCUGAGAGGUUUCCCAGAAAAAAACCUGAGAGGUUUUCUUUCUGCUCUUGCCUUUCCCCCAGUUUCAUGACAGUAUUUUUUUCUAAGUGUUGGAUAUCUCAGCCUCAGUCUUCUGAUGGAAACUUCUGCUUUCUGUGUGGAAGUGUUGGGGAAUCCAUUGGGUGUUGUCUCCCGAAGAGCUUGGUUCCCAGUCUGGGAGUACAGCACCUUCCUAGGGCUGCUGUGUGCUUGGUUUUCCAUCACCUGCACACGUUUCUGGCUACAAGCAGUAAUUUCCCAGCUCCCAAUCUUCUUUUCCAUGCUCUGCACGCAGUGCACAAGAUGUCCUGUUUAAUUGUUUGCUCCUCUCUUGGAUGACUUCUGAGAGCUGUUGGGAGAUGCUCCAUUUUGCUAUUGCCUUCUAUUUUGCCAUCCAAUAUAUCCUAAAGAAUUAACUUCUCACUAGCUGCAGCAAAAUCAUCAGCUCCUUGUAGCGCUUCCUUGAUAGCACAGAUACACAGCGGAGCUCUUGAAAUUGGGCUUUUGCAAUUCAGCUUGAGCUAGUGCAGUUGGCACUUGACGUGAGUUGUGUUAGACUCAUUUCAUGGCUCAUGCAGCGAGGUUGUUGUGGAGCUGCAGUAGGACAUGCAGGAAAUGAUGGUGGGUUUGGUGUGAUUUAUUUUUUUUUUGAGAUUUUUCCUUCGAAAGGUGAAAUUGUGAAAACUUGAAGCCAUUACUGUCUUAAUGACAGAGAAGGGCUUUGUGCUGUCUGUGCUUUUGGCUAACUCAUCAGGAUGCUCAUAAGAAGUUGGGCUGCACAAAAUGAGACUCUGACA